AUGGCUUGUGACACGUCUGACCCUGGUUUUCAAAUUCUCAAUGACGAUGAAAUUGUUGUAAGUGUGAGAGAAGAUGUUGAAGUGGAAGUGGAAGAAGAACUUUCUGCUGAUGUUGAAGUAGACGCUGGACCAUCAGCUAGUGAAGCAUUAGCCGGCCUCGAGACUGCUUUGAAGUGGAUGGAGCGUCAGCGCGAGUGUGACCACUUGCAACUGCUCACCGUCAAGCGAAUGCGUGACAUGGCUGCCCGAAAACGGUUGAAGACCGCAAAACAGCUUACAUUGACGGAGAUGUUUAAAAAACAAUGAUUUUUAUUUCUAAACUUGUACAUAAGUAC